AAAUUUACUAUGACACCGUUCUUCAAAAAGGAGAACGUCGGCGUCUUCUACAAAUUUGCUGCCGGGCACAAAGAAAUAAAUUAAUGCAAAAAAGAAGAGGGAAUAUGAUAUACAAGACAAAGGCUGUAACUUUAGAUAAGAUACAGUCUGAAGCAAAGUAACUCAAAGAGAGGAAAAUUCGAAGUAAAAAAAAAAUCUAUGUCACUCUUUAAGAUAGGCCAGCAGCUAUGGAAGCAGAACCAAGUACAGAAUCUAUUGAACAAAGCAAAGACUCUGUAGAAAAUGAUUCUGUCAGUAACAACAUGGAAGAUACGGAACAGUCAGUUGAAAAGCCAGUCAAGAAUUCUGAGGUUUCUGUUCAAAAUUCAGAUGAGGGCACUGGGCCUUUCCAUGAAAUAGAGGAUGAAGCUAAUAAAGACUCAUAUGAAACAGAGUUUGAAAAAUUCCUAAGACAGGCUAAUGAAAGGACUGAAGAAUCUGAGGCAUCUGUAGGAGACAAUAGUAGAGAAGUGAGUAGUGAAGAUUUCAAAGUCCAGAAAACAGCUCCUGUCUUUGAACCAACUGGUGAAGACACAUCAAAUUCUAGUUGGUAUAAAAUGAAAUCAGGCAGUGAGAUAAAAAUGGAUACAUCAGAGAAUGUAACACCACCUGAUGAAAGUUCGAACUUAAGUGUUCCCGAUAAUGGUUCAGUUGCUAGUAGUAAUAUCGGAGAUUCUUGCAUGAGUUACCAAGACCAAGCAUCAAACAUGGAUGAAGAGUCGAAUAUGAGCAUUCCUGAAGAAAGUUCUGUUCCCAAAUACACCGGACAUCAGCCUGUAUUUGACGAGUCGGCCAACAUGAAUCCCCCAAGCAAUGUAGGGUUUGCAAGGCCAGAUACACCAAAUAGGCCAGACACCCCCAGUAGGCCUGACACGCCUGGUAGGCCAGACACACCCAGUAGGCCAGACACACCUGGUAGUACAAUAGAUCCUAACUCAGAGAGUACACCUGUAAAAAGGUAUAGAAGAGGAACUUUACAGAUCGCUGCAGAAGAUGCUAGUGAACAUGGACAUGGUAUUACGGCAAGAGAUAUAUUUGAAUACCAAUGGCCGCAAGAGAAAGACUCUGAAUAUUUCAUGCUUCAAGAACAGAUCUCCAUGUAUCUUGAUGUCAAAUCAUUCAAGAGAAAAUAUCCAGAUUUAUUCCGGCGAGUCUGUGACAAACGAGAGAAAGACUUUCUGAGAGACAAAGGCGUGGUUUCAGAAACACAGAGUGAUUUAGGUUUGACAGCAUUAAAAGCAGAUGAAGUACAUGAUCUGAUGAGCCGAGAUUACCCUGCCAAGUACAAGGAAUUUUUGAAGGUUUUACGGGAAAGGGAGAAACAGAAAAUGGCAGACAAGAUGAAAGAAUUUCAUGCUUUGAAACUCGAGAAGGAUAAGAUGGUAGAAUACACAAAGAAAGCAAUGAGGUCUGUGUCCGAAUGGAACAGAAGUCUUCUGAAAAAGAAAAACGAGGAAAGACGAGCUUAUUUUGACAUGCAGACAUUUACAAUCCAGUAUCCUAAAAGCAAGUUUAGAAAGUUGGAUCAUUCUCAGACUGAAGUCAGUGCUUAUCCGUUGUCACUGAUUCCAGGACAGUUCCAGGAUCAUUAUAGAAAAUAUACGCAAGAAGAACUGAAAUAUUUUCCACUGAAUACAGCAUUGUUUGAUCCUCCAAAGAAAGUGGAUGCUUCAGCAGAACAUGAGGUAGAUGAUGACGAUGAUGAUGAUAGUCAAGCUGAUGACAAGGGAAAUGAUUCCAGUGAUAGUGAUGACAGUAGCAGCAGUAGUUCAGAUGAUGAUGACGAUGAUGAUGAAGAUGAUGAUGGAGAGGCAGGAGAUAAUGAAGGUACAAAGAAAGCAAGGAAAGAGAAGUCGACAAGUAGAGAAACCAGUAAAGAAAAGUCUGCUGAGCCAAGUAUAAAACAAGAGAAUGAAUGCAGAAUAUGUAAAGAUGAGCCAGCGGAGAAACAGAAAGAUACAGAACAUGAAGAACUUAUAAUAUGCUCUGAGUGUAAGAGCAAAGGUCAUCCAACGUGUCUCGACCUGAACAAGGAUAUGGUGAGGGUGAUCAAGACUUACCCUUGGCAGUGUAUGGAGUGUAAAACAUGUGUACAAUGUAUGGAUCCAUAUGAUGAGGAUAAGAUGCUAUUUUGUGACAAAUGCGACAGAGGUUAUCAUACGUUCUGUGUUGGGCUCAAAUCUCUCCCAGCAGGACAGUGGGACUGCUUUAGUUGCCGUGGAGACACAACACCUAUCAAACCACUACCAAGACCAACACCUAAAGCCAAAAGAGGUCGUAAACCAGGACGUCCACCAGGAAGACCCGGGAGACCACCUGGCAGGCCACCAAAGGAUCCAAACAAAGUCCAAGAUACUCCAGGAAAAGACCCAUACAGACGUGAAACUCCUGGCAGGGACAGGAGACGGAGGUUAAGGGAAGAAAUUGAAAAUACUUCCAGUAAGGAAGGUGGACUGGAAUCUGCUGUUAAAGAUGAACCAGUCAAUGGAAACAGUGUAAACCAAAAUGAGGAAAGUAAAGAAAAAACAAUGGAAAUUGAAGAACAAAGUGAUUUGGAGGAAAGAAAGUCAAAUGACCAGGAUAUAGCAGAAGCAAAAUGAAAUAAGAAUAUAGUAUUUCUCUUGUUAUGUGUUUUAAAUAUGGAUUUUAAAAGAUCAUUCAAUUAGUGAUGCUAGAAAUCUUCAGUGAAAAUUGAAAGCUGGAAACUGAUGAAGGAUCUAUUCAAACCAUGAGUUAGGAAAAGACAUAUAAAGUAAAUGAGGAAAUUAAUAUAUGGAGAAAGCGAAAUCAAACAAUCCAGUUUGAUCAAAUGCAAAAUGAUUCAUUUUGUGUUAACUGGAGAAGCAAUUUAAUGUACUUGAUAAUUAUUUUAUCGGUAGAAAGAACAGAAAAUGGUAUCUUGUAGAAGUGGCAUUAACUUCUUUACAAAUGGGGUAUUCUUUUUAGUAUACUAAAAUAGUACAAAUUUAUAUAUGUUUCAGAAUAGAUAAACGUUUUGGACCCAUUUUUAGCUCGACUAUUCAUAGAAUAGUAGAGCUAUUGGACUCGCCCAUGCGUCGGCGUCCCCGUCCCGAUUUGGUUAAGUUUUUGUAUGUAAGCUGGUAUCUCAGCAACCACUUGUGGGAAUGGAUUGAAACUUCACACACUUAUUCACUGUGAAAAACUGACUUACAUUGCACAGGUUUCAUAACUCUGUUUUGCUUUUUUACAAAAUUAUGCCCCUUUUUUGACUUAGAAAUUUUGGUUAAGGUUUUGUAUGUAAGCUGGUAUCUCAGUACUCACUAAUGGGAAUGGAUUGAAACUUCACACACUUGUUCACUGUCAUGAUCUGACAUGCACAAAGUAAGUCCCAUAACUCUAUUUUGCUUUUUAACAAAAUUAUGCCCCUUUUUCAACAUAGAAAUUUUUGGUUAAGUUUUUGUAUGUAAGCUGGUAUCUCAGUAUCCACUAAUGGGAAAGGAUUGAAACUUCACACACUUGUUCACUGUCAUGAUAUGACAUGCAGUGCAAAGGGUCAAUAACUCAACUUCGCAUUUUACAAAAUUAUGCCCCUUUUUCAACUUAGGAGUUUUUGGUUAAAUUCUCAUAUGUAAGCUGGUAUCUCAGUACCCAGUUACGGGAAUGGAUUGAAACUUCAUACACUUGUUCACUGUCAUGAGCUGAUAAGCACUAUGCAGGUUCCAUAACCCUAUUUUGCUUUUUUUACUAAAUUAUGCCCCUUUUUCGACUUUCUUAUUCAUUCAAUCGACAAGGCUGUUGAAUAGUCGAGCGUUGCUGUCCUCCAACAGCUCUUGUUAAUUGUGAACUAAUUCAGUAUUGUGCAUUGAUAUUUACAUAUGUUUUACUAAAACCAUGUUUCACUCAUACUUACCUCUCUGCAAGUGAGAUCAUGUAAAUUCAUAUUUUUCUCUCUGGAGAUGAGAUAAUUCAAAAUUCAUACUUGCCACCCUGCAUUUGAGAUAAUGUAAAUUUAUACUUACCUCCCUGCAAGUGAGAUACUGUUAAAUCUUUAGUACAAGGAUAUUAAAAGGUCUGUGAAUGAGUAGCUGGGAAAGCUUUUAAUCAUUCCUUAAGUUUUCGUACACUUUUGAGGUUGAAAGUACAAUGUUACUUGAUAGCGACAACACAAUAUAGACGCAACAAUAUAAGGAACUGAUCUAUAGCAGCAUUUCUAAUAUCAUAAUCCUUAAAUAUCAGAUUAGAUAAUAUUUAUUUCAUCAUUUGUAUUAUUUUAGUUGGUAUCUUAUAAGUUUGAUGCAAAGUACAGCUAAGUUCCAUCUAUUUUAGACAUAGACAUCAAACAAUUUAUUCAGAAUAUGUGUCAUCAAACAAUUGUAGCAAAAGGGACAUAAUUUUUACAUAAGUAUGAGGAAGCCAUCCAGCUGGUGUAUGGAAGGUCAGUGGUUCUACCCAGGUGCCUGCUUGUGCCUGAAGUAAUGCCUGCAGAAGCACAAAACUGAAGUCACCAACAAUAUGAUCUACAAUUUUGCUUGUAUGAUGUUAAACCAAACAAAACAAAUACAAAAGGUGAAGAGAACUUAAACAGUUUGCUUGCACGUGAUAUCUGAAUAAUGUGUAACUGUUAUUAUUAUGCCCCCCUUCGAAGAAGGAGGGGUAUAUUGUUUUGCAGAUGUCGGUCGGUCGGUCUGUAUGUAGACCAAUUCGUUUCCAGAUGAUAACUCAAGAACGCUUGAGCCUAGGAUCAUGAAAGUUGAUAGGAAGGUUGGUCAUCACCUACAGAUGACCCCUAUAGAUUUUGAGAUCUGUAUAUCAAAGGUCAAGGUCACAGUGACCCUGAACAGUCAAACGGUUUCCGGAUGAUAACUCUUGGGCCUAGGAUCAUGAAAGUUGAUAGGAUGGUCGUUCAUGACCAGCAGAUGACCCCUAUUGAUUUUGAGGUCAGUAGGUCAAAGUUCAAGGUCACAGUGACCCGGAACAGUUAAAUGGUUUCUGGAUGAUAACUCAGGAUUGCUUGGGCCUAGGAUCGUGAAAGUUGAUAGGGAGGUUGGUCAUGACCAGCAGAUUACCCCUAUUGAUUUUGAGGUCAGUUGGUCAAAGGUCAAGGUCACAGUGUCCAGGAACAGUAAAACGGUUUCCGGGCGAUAACUCAAGAACGCUUGGGCCUAGGAUCAGGAAAGUUGAUAGGGAGAUUGAUCAUGACCAGCAGAUGACCCCUAUUGAUUUUGAGGUCAUUUGGUCAAAGUUCAAGGUCAGAUUGGCAAGGAACAGUUGAACGGUUUCUGGAUGAUAACUUGAGAACGCUUGGGCCAAGGGUCAUGAAAGAUGAUAGAGAGGUUCAUCAUGACCAGCAGAUGACCCCUAUUGAUUUUAAGGUCAGUAGGUCAAAGGUCAAGGUUACAGUGACCCAGAACAUUUAAACCGUUUCCAGACAAUAACUUUAGAACGCUUGGGCCUAGGAUCAUAAAACUUGAUAGGGAGGUUGGUCAUGACCUGUAGAUGACCCCUAUAAUUUUGAGGUCUGUAGGUUUAAGGUCAAGGUCACAUUGACCCGGAACAGUUAAACCCUUUCCGGACGAUACCUUGAGAACGCUUGGGCCUAGGAUCACUAAACUUAAUAGGGAGGUUGAUCAUGACAGCAGAUGACUCCUGUCAAUUUUGAGGUCAAUAGGUCAAAGGUCAAUGUCACAUUGAACUAGAACAGUAGAACUUUUGUUUACAGUGAGCAAAUAAUUUCUGUUCCUUGUGCAAUUACUGAAUGCAUCAAGGGGGGCAUUUCGUGUUCGACAAGCUCUUGUUUACAUAUUUAGAAAAAUAGAGCUUUCAGAAUGUAACUGAAGAGCAAAUCUAAAAACAUGUUGUUCAGUAUACAGUGCAACUUAUUGCUUGAACAUCAUUUGGAAGAUGUUAAUACAGAGUUUGUUGCACUAGGGAGGUUAAUUUGAAACAGGAGAGGAAACAUCUACCUAUGUGUCCUCAGAGUUACUGUUAAUUGGUAACUGGGUAUAUGAAGUACCCUCAUUGCACUUUCAUUCAAAACAGCUGUUUAUUAGAUAAUUUAGAGAUUUUAUUUUUUAUGAUGAUUUAUUCUAAAGCUACACUACAGUUGCAUUUGUGUAUAUGUGUAUGGCUUGAUGUUCUUGAAAAUGUCGUGUUGUACUAUUUAUACAUAAAUUGUUGUUAGUUUUGUAUGCCGUAUGUGUUCAGAAAAUAAAUGUACUGAUUGAUAAA